AUGCUGGCAUCGUUCAGACGGGCUGUGCUUGGUGGCACCCUGGGUGCGAACCCGAUUGGGACACAUCUUUCGCAGGGUUCCCUCUGCAGUUGGCACCACGGUCGGCGAUGGUUUGGUCGCGAGACUGGGGUGGUCGUGAAGUGGGACGGCGAGCGCGGCUUUGGCAAGGUGAAGCGCGAUGAUGGCACGGAGUUCUUCGUGCACAGCAGCUACUUGCAGCAGACGCCUAUGUCUGAAGGUCAGGCCGUGACCUUCGAGGUCCGGUGGAACGACAAGCACAAGCAGCACCACGCAAUUGACGUGGGCCUCCGUCAGUCGCCCGCCAGCACCCCCGCAGUUCAGCUGCCGGACUUCGGGAGCGUGGGGAACCUUCCUCAGCCGGAGCUGCUCCAGGUGGAGCCAAUGAGUCUCCCGCCCGACGCCUCGGACCGGCAGCACCUGGAAAUGCUAGUGUCGCAGACGGAGCAGCUACGGAAACAAGGCCACCAGAGCCAACAGCUCUUGGUGCAGAACCAGCAGCUUCUUGUCCAGGGCCUUUUCGCUUUGAUCCAGCAGCAGAGCAUCCAAAACGCCAACCUGGAGCGCGCGCUCCGGGCGCUGACGGAUCGCAUGGGUGCCCGUGAGCCGGCGCAGGCGGGUGGCAGCAAACAGCAAGCGGAGCUGCAGGACACGCUGCCGGGGGCGCAGCCUCGUGUUGACACACAGGUCGCUCAGGACGGGCCUGACGAAGAAGCAAAGGCCGACGCGGUCGAUGACGAGAUGCCGCCUGUGAAGGAGGCAACAGAGGUGCCAGAGACACAGCCGCUCCCAGAGGUGGUGGAGCCUGUAGAAGCGCAGGCGAGUGAGAAGGCAGAGGAGGCUGUUGGCAAGCAAGAGCCGGAGGCCGCUGCUUCGGGGGGUGACGUCGCGGAGAGGCCAGAGGAUGAUGCUCCCAAGGAGUCCGAACCGGCCAAGCCGCCAUCGAACGAGGCAGAGGCGCCGAAGUCCACUUCGAUUUCCCCGCCUCCUUUCUACAUCGCCGGCUCCUUCAACGACUGGAGCGCCGACUCUGAGCUGAUGGACGGUGGCAGUGCGGUGGUGACCAUCCGAUCGAGCGCCCCAAUGGGUAGCAGGAAGGGCAUGCAGAAGGAAGAGUUCCAGAUCCUGGAAGAUGGCAGCUGGGACCAGCGCCUCUUCCCUGCUGGUGGCAGCUCCGAAGCCGUGGUCGUGCUGAAGCCAGGGAGGUUCUCGCAGGCGGAGCGCAGCUCAGCCGAGAACCCUGGUCACGGCAGGAACUGGGCGGUGGAGGGCAAGCCUGGCGCCAGCUUUCGCAUCUUGUAUCAGCCUUCUAACGGGAGGGUAGCCUGCGAGCAUGCCUGA